CAUGCGCACUGACGAAGAAACUGAAUUCUCCGGAACCGGUAGGAACUCUGAAGUCUAGAGAAUAAGAUUUUCCCCAAAAAUGUCCCAACCAGGCCGUUAAAUCCAUACACCGAAAUGUAAUCGAGGAGCUUUCGUUCAGGGGGUGUGAAAUGCGUGCGAUCGGGAAGUGUUGGACUUUAACAGGAGCGACGGCAGCGUGCGUCCUCGCGCUGUACCUGCCCCGUGUCCCGCGCGCUGUCAGCGGUGGAGACUCAGGAGAGUUGAUCACCGCUGCUUGUGAGCUGGGGGUGGCCCAUCCCCCUGGAUAUCCUCUCUUCACCAUCCUGGCCUCACUGGCCCUUCUUCUGCUUCCUGCUGCUACUCCUGCACAUGCUGUCAAUGUGCUUUGUGCUGUGUUGGGGGCCUUAGCUAGUGGCGCGCUCUGCUACACAGUCUGCAGAAUAGCUGGGCCUGGACCAGGAGCUGUGCUGGCAGGUGGAAGCUUUGCUCUAUCCAAACUCGUGUAGUGGUCAAUAGUGGCUGAAGUCUUCUCACUUAAUAAUCUAUUUGUGGGUUUCCUUUUCUCCCUUUUGGCCUGCUUCCAUAAUGCAGAGGUUGUGGACGAAAAGAAAAAGUUUGCUCUGUUGGGGGCGCUGUGCUGUGGAUUGAGUCUGUGCAACCAGCACACUCUGGUUGUAUAUGUGCUCAUCAUCAUUCCCUGGGCUUUACUCCAGCUUUACAUUUACAAAGGGCUGUGUUUUUCAGCAAUAGUAUCUCUAAGUGUGUGUUUCCUCACUGGAUUCUUGCCCUAUCUCUACCUGCCCAUUUCCUCGUACCUAAACAAAGCUCGAUGGAGUUGGGGAGACCAGACGACCCUCAAUGGCCUGCUUACACACCUGCUUAGGGCUGAGUACGGCACCUUCAGCCUGGCCAAAUCUGAGGGUAAAGUUAAUCUGGUGAAGAUGCUACAAGUUCAGUGUAAUCACUGUGUGGUUGACCUCUCUGUUCCUGUGCUCAUAUUAUCUCUCUUGGCUCUGCUGCAUGCUUUAUUUAAUAGGAGAUGCCGUGCUCUCGUGUGCCUGAUUGCUGUUAUGGUGGAGCGGUUUUGGCUACAGGCUGAUGCUGGUGUGUGUGUUCUGGCUGGUGUGGGGUUGAACUUGACAGUGUGUAUGUUGGAGAGAUGGCUGGGACUGAGAUCUGUGUGGAACGUUGGAGGCUGGCUCAUCACUGCAGGACUUCUUUCACACACGAUUCACCUAAACCAAAGAGAGUGUGAUCAGAGUAGGAACGAUGUUGUGGAGAGAUUUGCCCGUGAGCUCAUUUUCUCAUUCCCAGAGAGCUCUUUGGUCUUGACCAAGGGUGAUCUACCCGGUAACACACUACGCUACCUGCAUUAUUGCCAGGGGCUGCGGCCAGAUCUAAGCCUGAUCGACCAAGAGAUGAUGACUUAUAGCUGGUAUGUGCCUAAGCUGCAACAACAUCUUCCUGGAGUAAAGUUCCUGGGCGUUUGGGAUCCAGUUAACACCGAAGAGAAGAAUAGCUUCAACAUUGAACAGUUUAUUCAGCACAAUAUACACCGGCCUCUAUUUGUGUGCAUUGGCUUGACGGAAGGAGACCCAAGUUGGGAGAAGUCCUUCUCUCUGUGGCCGUGGGGUGUCUGUGAGCAGCUGAUGCCCCUUACAAGCCGCUUGCAUCCUGUGGAGUGGGUUCAGCGCACACAGAAUCUGUACAACUGGAGUGAGCCUCAUAACAGCUUUCCUCCUGGUUCAUGGGAACGAGUGGCCAAUGAGGAAAUGUGGCAGUCCAGGAUGAAAAUGGCCUUCUUCCUCUUUGACCUUGCAGAGAGGAUGGAGGGAGGGGCUCAGACUCACCUCUAUGAGCUUUCUUACAACAUAUAUCAUCAAAUUGUGGAUGCCCAGAAGGACUAUCCUGCUAACUGGGAUAAAAAUCUAGCUUUGGCUGCUGAGCGCUUGCUGCGUUCAGGAGGAGGACAACACCGGCUAGAGACUCUUAUAAACCAGAGUAUCCAUCACUUCAGCCGGUAUAUUGAGAGAGAACCUACGGACACUCAGAACAGUGCCAUCCGUUCUGCCAUCACACACCUCAGCAAGGAGAGGGACAGACUCAGAUUUGCACAGAAAAACACAACAUAAGGCCACUACAUGAAACUUUGGAAAAUCUGAACACUACCAUAUGUUGCUGUGCUUGUUUGAGGGACUUGAAUGCUAGUAAAGCAUUCCUGAUGCAUAGGCAGGUAAAACAUUGAUAAGAAAAAGAAGCAAAGAGAUUAAUGUCUCAAGUCAAGCAAUUUCAGUGAGAAUCAUGUAGAUGAGUGGGAAAGCUGUCGCAGCAUUUAUUUGACUAUGUGAUGAUACCAUCACUUAGUUAAUGAUGAACACGAUCCUCAUAAAACGCUGUAUGUACAGAUUGUGUCAAUAAAUGAACGAUCUUAUUUGA